AUGGCAGCCAGGAAUGAGAUGCAGUUUGAAAAGUUAAUUGAUGAAGCUACAAGAAAAAAGGAUUUUCAAUUAUUAGAACGAUUUCUUGCGACAGACGACUGUGAAAAUGCCUCUCACAAAUGCAGCAAACAGUUUGUCAACAAAUUAGACAAGCUUCUGUGUCGGGAAAUCGACAAACAAGAAAUCAGAAGCAUUUCCAUUUUACUGAAUUCUCUUCAGAAAUGUGCAGAAAAAAUCAGCAUAGCAGGAGAAGAUGGGCUCCCAGCAAUGUUAAAAUAUGGUCUUAUUGGAAGGAUGGUGAAUUGGUUUGAAAAGAUAAAAGAAAUUUUGAUCUUCAAAGGAAAUGAAAAGAGUGAAAUGAUUACAAGCCUGGCCGAAGAUUUCUUCAAUGUGUUGCUGGCCCUAUGGGAUAGCAGACCUGAAGGUAAAAUGGAAAUACUGGAGAACUUUGUUCUGAGAACGUGCACCCUCAUCACUGAUGUAAGAAUUAGUAUCUAUGUCCAGCAAGAGGUAGUAAGAAAACUUAAUUUAAUGCUUGACAACAUGCCUCGAGAUGCCAGGAAAAAGAUAUUUUCCACAGCGGAAAUGUUGUGUGUCAUGAGUGACAUGGGGAAGAGAAUUUUGGAUGCUGGAGACUAUGACCUGCAGGUAGCCAUUACAGAAGCUUUAUGCAGAAUGAUAUCAGAGAAACAAAGAGGAGAACUGGCAUGCCAGUGGUUUUCCAUGGAGUUUGUGUCCAGUGCAUUUAAAGGAAUUAAAGAUUCUGAGUUUGAAACAGAUUGCAGAAAAUUUCUUAACCAGGUGAAUGGAAUGCUGGGAGACAAAAGAAGGGUUUUUACAUAUCCAUGUUUAUCAGCAGCUCUUGAUGAAUAUGAGCUACAGAUACCAUUGGAUGAAAAUCUUGAAGAAUUUUGGAUUGAUUUCAAUGUUGGUAGCAGAAGUAUAUCUUUCUAUGUGGCAGCAGAUGAUACAGAUCACCACUGGGAAACAGUCAUUAUACCAGAAGAAGAGGUAGACCAAUACAGCCUUGAAGAGAAAGAUUCAAAGAAAUUACUAACAAUAGCUCUGAAAAGCCCAAUGCAUGUGGGGAAUCAAGAAGGAGAGAAAUUCUUCUUAUAUUUUGAUUCCAUCUUGGAAAUCAAAGAUGUAACCAGAAAGAUUUAUGGAUUUAAUAAAUGUAAGAUUCUGGUACCAGAAAGUCAGUUGUCACCAGAAAAAUCUGAAGAGGAGGACAAACUCAGUAAGUACAAAACCCAUCAACUUCCUGGAUCUUUGAGGACUCUGAAUAAAAAUAACAGUCAAGAAAACUGCAGACGUGGUUCCUCCAAGAUAACUACGUCUUGUAAAAGGAAAGUGUCUGAAGCAUCUGUGCUUAUUCCUGGGAGAUUUUCCACAAGGAGUCCACUGGUAUUUGUUAGCACAUCCACUCCUUGCAAAGGACGAUUUAAAUUACCUUUGGAAAUGAUGAGCUCUACUGAAAGGUCUAACAGUACAGUACAUGAGACCAGAACAAAGAACUUCUAUCAAGAAUCUACUGGAAGUCGGCAACAACGUACACAGAACUUACUGUCUAGUGAAACAGAACAGAAUAUCAGGAAAUCAAGUAUCAGAAAUGAAACAAAACCCCCUGAAAAGCAAAUGUGUGCAGAAGUUUUAGAAAUGAUACAAGAGGCAGAAGCUGGGGCCACACAAAAGCAAACCUUAGAUGAAGUGUUAGAUAUUGUUCCUGAUUCUCAGCCAGCAGGGAGAAGCAACAAACCUUUGCUACCUUGUGUUUUGGAGAGUUCUUUUGAUAAAAGCAAAGCAAGGAAGAAAAGAGCAUGCUCUGUUCCUGAGCAGAAUAUAACAACGGGUGACAGGAAAAAGCUGAAUCGGUCAUUGGAACGUACGUCCCACCCAGUUUAUGUUCACACUUUAACCGGUUAAUUAGCAUUAAAUGAAUGAGCUGUGAAACAAAAAGCAUUUUUUUGGUAGUUUUUUUUUUAAAGUAUCUCUAAAGAUAAGCAAGGAAAUCAAAAAAGAAAAGAAAACCAAGCAAAUUGAAUUUAUAUCACAUGGGAAGAAAACAGCAACAUAUUUAGUGGACUUAGUGUUAGUCAUUUGGAAGAGAAACUGUUAAGUACAGAAGGGAAAAAUACUUAAACUACUGCUGAAAUAUUGUUUAAAACAUUUCUUUCAGCUAGAGUGUCCGAAACGUCUUUGCAUUCUGGUUUUACAAAAGAGGAGUCUGAUGUUUCCAUUGGAAAAGAGACAGCAAAUCCAAAAGCAUCAAACACGAAAACAAAGUCUAAAGAAAUGGCAGAUGCUGCAAAAUCACUAAUUAGUAAAAUCAGCGACAGAUAUAAAGUAAAGACAGAUGAGAAAAGCAAAGCAAGAGACUCCUUGGGUUUUAACAGGCCACAUUUAAAUAAAUCCUGUGUCUCUAAGGAUGAAGUUCAGGAUAGAAAGCUGAAAAGCUCUACUUUUCUUAAUAUAACUGCUGGUCCUGUUGUGGAUGAUGUCUACAACUUUAACAUCAGUGGGUUUGAUGAGCCUACAAUAAAGCUUGGAAUUGCAAACAAUAAAAACAAGAAGCAUCUCUUCAGUGACACAGACACAGAAAACAGAGGCGAUGACUGCAAGACAGAUAUUAGUUGGCUACAAGAAUCGAAUAGAAAACCUAAAGCCCAGUUAAUUGAUUACAGCAGAAAUAAGCACUUGGGGAAACCCAUAAACGCAGACAAAAAUAAAUGGCCUGAACCUGUUUGCCAUGUGGAUAAACCUAAAGGCAAAAAUGCAAAUAAGAAAAAGACAAACAAAUGUAAAAAACAGAAUUCAAAAACUGAUGAACCAAUAAAACAAACAACCAGACAAAAACGGCCUCGAAGAGCAGCAUUAGCAAAAAACUACAAAGAGAUUUCCAGUUCAGAGUCAGAGAGUGAAAGGGAAUCUUUAACAUGCAUCUCUAAGGAGGAGAAAGCAAAAAUACAGAAACGUAUGAAUAGAGAAAACAGGGAUGAUAAUCAGCAAAAGGAACUCCAGAAUGUUUCAUCUGUGGAGCCAAAGAAAGUAGCAAACUAUGAACAUAAGGCAUUUACUGAAUCAAAGAAGUUUGCAGAAGAAAAGCAAAUUGAAAUGCCCUCAUUUGAGAGUCCCAUGUCUCUUGAGAUCAUGAGAUGUACUGAAAGAAUAUCAGGAGGAGAUGUUACUCAAGAACAUACUGGUAGUGAAAGAUCACUUGGUCUUCAGGAGUUAACACCAGAAAAACCAGAAAUGUUAAACUUUGAGAAAGGAAUAUCUCCUGGUGAUUUCUGUCCCCAGAAAAAGAACUUUCAAAGUCUGUUUCUCAAUCAGUCCCCUGGGAUGCCUGCUAAACAGUUAACAUUUGGAAAUACAAGGUUGUCACCAGCUUUAAGUGAAGCAUCUUUGCUCAGCUUACCGACAUACAAAACUGUUAAUGGAAAACAUGCAAAGGGAUCUGCAUGCAAACCACGAGAUAAUAAUGAAGAUUCAAGUUUCAGACAUUGCUUUUCAGACACACGUUCUAUUAAAGGAAAACUACAAGAUACGACUAAACCUAUCACCAAAAGUAAAGAGGAGGUAUCACCAACUCCAUCAUCUGCUUCCAGUGGAAGUAAAGUACAGUCUUGGAGUGAAGAACCUUAUGCCCCCAUGCAUGAGUCAGGACCAACUAUACAGCCAUUUCUCAAACGAAGGUACCACAGUGAUCCAGAAAGCAAUUCUGAUGAGGCAGAAACAAGCAAAGAGGAGGAAAUGAAAGGAAAGAGAAGAACAAAGUUACGGCCUAGAGAACUAUUUAAAACAGAGAGUGCUGCUACCUACCGAGUGUCUGAAAGCGUUUCUACUGUAUCUGCAAAUGAUCUGCCUGGUUUGGAUGGGGAAAUCUGGGAGCCUGGUAGUUCAACUGUCAGUAUCUGUCAGAAGCUCCAAAAAGAAUUUACUAAGAAAAUUGAGAGCCGCUCCAGGAAAAUGGAUAAUUUUGCUAAACAAUCGCUGCGAGCUGCGCAUGAGCGUUUGUCAGCCAUGAGCUACCAGCUUCAUGAAUGCAGGAGCAGGCAGCUGGAUGAAUUCCGUUCUGCUCUCCUUGAGCAACUUGAGAGUUUUGAAAAUGAUUCUCAGUGCCUGAAAAACAUGGAAAAAGAAUUCUCGACCUUUUGGAAAAAACAUACACAUACUUUUAGUACAUUUGUGAAAAAUGAGCAGCAGAGAAUUCAGAUUCUGAAAAGCUCAUUUGAAAAGAACAUCUGCCAUACUGGUGACUGUGAAGAACGUGUUUUUACUUCAGAGAUGCAUCUGAUGAAAGAAGACUUAAAAGGAUUCCAAGCGAAGCUUCUGAAAGAAAUGCAAGAAGAGGAGCUGUGUAAUGUUCGCAGAGGAUUGCAGACACUGUUUCAAUCAGAAGAUAGAAUUCUGCAGUAA